UGUGAUUUGCGAAUUGUGCAUCAAGAGUACUCUUCUGGCUCUGUUUGCAUGUGUAAUGUUACACAGGAGUCACAGGACUGAUCCUGGGCCAAAACUAAGUGGUCAGAAGCCUGAAUGGAGCUGAUGGUGUAGCCCUGGAGCUCAGAUCAGUGUGAAGAGUUUGGGAGCCACUUGUGUAACUCAGUCAUUUCUGUGAACGAGUGUUUGGCCAGCAUUUGGCAGCUCACAUUGGGGUGGUCAGUGUAAUGCUGCCAGGAACAGUGCUGAGCAUGGGGAAGGGGCAGAAUGGCAGCUUGCCUUGGCACACUGCUGGCUAGUGAGUGUGUGUCUGAACUCAUGCCAAAGCUUACAGGUCUGCCUGACACAGAUCAGCAGUGGCUCAAGGAUGGUUUGGUACAGAUCUGUAGUGACUCAGGUGGUGGUUGGUGCUACAAACCGUAGGGAGCAGAGUCUCCCCUGAAGAGUGUUUGCCCUCAAUUAGCAGAAGUUGCCAGCACUGACAGGGUGGUGGUACCUUACUCACCCUUAGCCAGAGGGUUUUGAGGCCAGUCUGCUUUUCUGGAGUCUGUUAAAUCCAUAGUGAAGAUCUGUGAAGAGUCAGAGCUUGUUUCCCUCUCACACGGUUUGUGUGAUGUGGAUGUGGGGUGGGGGAAUUCGGGACAUCACUCUCAGGUCCCUGUGCUCUCUCUGUUUCUUGCUGCAGGCCCCCAGGAGAAAAUGAUGUAAAGCCAGCACAGCUACCACUUCCAAUUGCGGCGUUCCAGACCUCAGGGAGGAACAUGGCAGCAGCUCAGGGAGCGGGAAGCGGCUCAGCCGGGCCAUCCGGACUGCCCGGUUCUGCCCCGGGCCACAGCAGCAGCUCCACGGCAGUGGCGGUGUGGGAAUGGCAGGAUGAAUUUGGCAGGUGGAGGCCGUACCGAGGCAACGUCUGCAGCUACAUCGAGCAGGUUAUCCAGGCCUCUCAGCAGAAGGGCCGGCGCUCAGGGUCGGGGCUGGUCAGCAGCAUCCCUUUGGGACACGCAGAUCCUGCCUUGGCUCCCUACGUCAUCGACAUUCCAAGCUUGACACAGUUCCGGCAGGAUACAGGGACGAUGCGGUCUGUCCGCAGGCACGUCUUCCCAGGGGACUCUGCUGCUGGGCAGGGCGUGGUCUGGGAGUGGCAGAACGACGAGGGCGGGUGGUCCCCUUACGAGAUGAACGUCUGCGUGUUCCUGGAGCAAGCCCGUGCCACGAACCACCAGCGAGUGGAUCUGGGGCCCUUGGGCUACAACUAUGAAGUUGACUUUGUGGCUCAAGUCCAGACCAACAAGACCACGAGGUUCCGUCGCAGCGUUCAGAGACGUUUGGAUGCCCCGUACCCGGUGACAACUUCCACCACACCCCUUCACACAGGGGUGGGAUGUUCUUGCCAGCAGUGCUGGCCCAGCAGCGGGACUGGUCCCAUCACCACACGCUACCGUCACUCCAUGACAAACUUUCCCAAUUCUUCCACUACUCAUCAGGUUCCCGGGAGGACAGCGUCAGUAAGUUCUUCCAACGUCGGCUUCGUGCCCUAUAACAAACCCACUUUGACUGGAGCAAGGUCAACACCAAGACUCAAUGCACAGAACACCUUGGUUUUGGCUCAAACUGGGAGCCUCAGUGCAGCACUGGCAGCAUCUAACGGAGUCAGUACCCAGACCCUGCCUGUCAAGAUGCCCAAACCCAGCAGAGUGAGCCAGGCCCUGGCAGGCAUGACAGCUAUUCUGAUGUCAGCCGCCGGACUGCCUGUGCACCUCACCCGUGUGCCUCAAGCUGCCAGCACCCAUAAGGCCACUAAAAAACACAGCUCAGUUAAGGAGGGGAGGAAAGUGUCCAAGAAAGCCACACCAAUAGAGCCAGAAUCAGUGGUGAAGAAGUACCUGGAAGAGCUGAAGAGUGCUCCUGCUGAUGAGGACUGCAUGAUCUGCAUGGAGAAGCUGUCUUCCCCCUCAGGCUACAGUGACUCUUGCCAGUCCAGCACCAUCAGGCCAGAGGCAGUCGGUUGCCUGAAGAACUGCCAGCACUCCUUCCACAUGCUCUGCAUGCUGGCCAUGUACUCCAAUGGGAACAAGGAUGGCAGUUUGCAGUGUCCCUCCUGUAAAACCAUCUAUGGAGAGAAAACCGGUACCCAGCCCAAAGGGAAGAUGGAGAUCUCCACUUUCCCCCAGUCCCUCCCAGGACACAAGGACUGUGGGACAAUCCGGAUUGUGUAUCACAUCAGCAGGGGCAUCCAGGGCCCAGAGCACCCCAACCCUGGGAUGCCAUACACAGCCAGAGGCUUUCCUCGCUCUUGUUAUCUACCAGACAAUGAGAAGGGCAGAAAGGUCCUGGAGCUCCUGAAGGUGGCCUGGAAGAGGCGCCUGAUUUUCACAGUGGGCACCUCCAACACCACUGGUGAGAGCAACACGGUGGUGUGGAACGAGAUCCACCACAAGACUGAGAUUGACUCAAACCUGAGUGGCCAUGGCUACCCUGACCCCAACUACCUGGACAAUGUGCUGGCAGAGCUGGCUGCCCAGGGUGUCACCGAGGACUGCCUGGGCCAGUGAGCCUCAGGGGCCACCUUGUGCACUUACUCCUGAUGCCUUAAGUUCCUGUGUCCGACCACCCAUCACACUGAGCAAUAACAGUUCCGUGGGAGCCCUGCCCGCUCUUCACAUUUUUUUGGGGUGGGGGGGAAAGGGAAGGAUAUUUUUGUAGAAGCUGUGCUUGUGUCUCUGGGUGGGAUUGGUGGCUGCAGCCAGGAGCAGCUGGAAUGGGACUGAGGUGACAGAUCCCCUGGGGAAGGCAGGACCUUCCUUUGGUAAUGCCUGGGGACAGGAUGGGAGAGGAGAGUGCCUUGCUUCCAGUAGACCACAUGUAAGUCAAACAAGGCCCUCUUUUUGGGACACAUCAGCUCCCUGUCUGAGGCACCUCUUGCCUCCCUCCUGCCGUAUAUCUCUGCUCGGCCCCAAUAAACUUCAUUCUCA